GUCAUCGCUGGCGUAGCAGCAGCAGCAGCGGCGCUCGAGCGAAUCGGACUCACAUGAGCGCGAGCGUGUGAUCGAGCGCUGUGCGGCAGCUGCCAGGAGCGCGCUCAGACCCGCACAAACACCGCGCACCCAGAUCAUGACGCCCGCUCCGUUUUUUUCUCAUUGCAUUCGUUUUACCGUUUGAUCUGAUGGAGGGAGCUGCUGCGGCCGGAGGAUGUUCCGCGCUGCCGGAGGACGCGGACGCGGUGGUCGGCGCGGGAUGCGGGAUGGAUGCUGCAGAUCUCGACGCUGCUCUUAAGAAGACCCAGAUAACCGAGAUGCCGUCUUCCUCGUGUCACCCCAGCUCCGGCCUCGAGAAGAAGAUCGGUCACAGGCGAGUCGAUGCAUCCGGCGAGACCACGUACAAGAAGACGACCUCGUCUGCCCUGAAAGGAGCCAUUCAGCUGGGGAUCGGCUACACCGUCGGUAACCUGAGCUCCAAACCCGAGCGGGACGUCCUCAUGCAAGACUUCUACGUGGUGGAGAGCAUUUUCUUCCCCAGUGAAGGCAGUAAUCUGACACCAGCGCAUCACUAUCCAGACUUCAGGUUUAAAACUUACGCUCCUGUGGCGUUCCGCUACUUCAGAGAGCUCUUCGGGAUCCGACCCGACGACUAUCUGUAUUCUCUUUGUAAUGAACCCUUGAUCGAGCUCUCAAACCCCGGUGCCAGCGGCUCCAUUUUCUACGUCACUCGAGACGAUGAAUUCAUCCUCAAAACCGUCAUGCACAAAGAGGCUGAAUUCCUGCAGAAGCUGCUUCCAGGAUACUAUAUGAACCUGAACCAGAAUCCUCGCACCCUGCUGCCCAAGUUCUUCGGUUUGUACUGCGUUCAGUCCGGCGGGAAGAACAUCCGGAUCGUGGUGAUGAAUAACGUCCUGCCCCGCGUCUUCCGCAUGCACCUGAAGUUCGACCUGAAGGGCUCCACCUGCAAGCGCCGAGCGUCCAAGAAAGAACGUGAGAAGUCCAGACCCACUUUCAAAGACCUGGACUUCAUGCAGGACGUUCCAGACGGACUCCUGCUGGAUGUGGACACGUACAACGCCCUGGUGAAAACGCUGCAGAGAGACUGUCUGGUGUUGGAGAGUUUUAAGAUCAUGGACUACAGCUUGUUGUUGGGCGUUCAUAAUCUGGACCAGGCGGAGCGCGAGCAGCAGAUGGAGGGGUCGCAGGGCAGCAGCGACGAGAAGAGACCGGCCGCUCAGCGAGCGCUUUACUCCACCGCCAUGGAGUCCAUUCUGGGCGGAGCUGCGUGCGGAGACUCCAUAGACACCGAAGACACAAUGGGUGGGAUCCCUGCGGUCAGUGGGAAAGGAGAGAGACUCCUGCUCUUCAUAGGCAUCAUAGACAUCCUGCAGUCCUACAGACUCAUUAAGAAGCUGGAACACACGUGGAAGGCUCUGGUCCAUGAUGGGGACACUGUCUCCGUCCACCGGCCGAACUUCUACGCUGACCGUUUUUUCAGGUUCAUGAGCAGCACUGUGUUCAAGAAAAGCACUUCACUGAAAGCUUCUCCUGCUAAGAAGGGCCGUGUGGCGCUGACCGUGCCCAAAUUCAGCGUUCCCGGAGCGGCUUGGUCGGCCAGUCAGCUGCCCUCAGAGAGAGACCAGAACAUCUAUGAUCUGAGAGGAGCGCGCAGCUUCCCCGUGCUGGAAAACGAUGGUCUGCAGUCUUGCACUCCUCCGUCAUUCGAGGAAGCAACUACAGCGUCUGUGGCCACAACUCUGUCCUCCAACACCUCCAUAUCUAUCCCAGAACGCUCUCCAUCGGACACCACAGAACACCCGCGCUACAGAAGACACACACUGUCUCUGAAAGAUGGCGAGGGAAGGACGCAUGAAGUGGUGGACGUCCACGAGGAGGAGCAGCAGACGAUCACUGUGCAGGUGGAGGUGAAGAGAGAGAGAGAAGAGGAUGAGGAGGAGCCAGACGUCACGCUGACACAUGCAGCACAGCAGAUGGAAGUUCCUCCUCCAGCACCAGAGACUGAUGACCUCGUCCAGGAAACAGCCGCUUCAGCACUCAUCUCCCAGGAAGCACUUCCUGGUGACACAACAGCCCAGACAGCAGUUCCCCCGGAAACAGCUCCUCUGCCUGAAGCCGGGACCCUCAAAACAGCUCGGGCCCCUGAACCAGCAGAACAGACCCCUGAGCCGCCCUGCUCCAGCCCGAACACGCAGCGUCCCGAUGCGGACAGACGGCUCUCAGAGACCCAGAGCCGUGAAUCUCUGGACGAAGAGGUCGCAGCAUCCACUGACAUCUACUUUCCUCCAGAGGAGAGGAGCUGGAUGUACUCACCCCUGCAUUAUGGCUCAGAGCCUCAGCCUGUGUCCGAUGGCGAAAGCGACACAUAAUCUGGACGCUCAGACGAGAGCUCUUGCUGUGACGUGAGGUGAUCUCUACUGCCGGACUGCUCAACAGCUCUUCAGGAUGGAUUCUGCUCUUCUGAGUAACAUCAAGUCAGGAAAAAGAAAAACGUGUUCCUUUUCUACCUGGGUGCCGCUUCCCAAUGGAUUCCCCUCAAGAACAACGUUAUCUCUCAGUAAAUCCAGUACGUGUGUUUGUGAACCCGACCAUCUCAACGUUAGUGACGUGCAUCGACUCCCUGAAAAACAUCUCGUCAUUUUGCAUUGCAAGUUGUGGAUGUCCCAUAAUGCACUGAGAUUACAGUACCUGUCUUCAGUCAUUCCAUGAACACAGUGUGUCCGUUCCUCAACGUGUCGGCUAUCCUGAAAUCCGUGCAUCCAGUGUGGAGCUUCGUCAUUAUGCAAUAUGAACUUUCCCCGUGAUCGCAUGUGAUUACAUGAUAUAUUUUUAUUUUGUGCACAUCGGAGAUGUUCAGAAUGGAAUAUAGUUAAAAUAUGCGAAACAAAUGUAAAUGUUUGAGACUGAACCCAUUACUGCAGAUGUUUGAAAUCAUAUAAUCUGAGACUCGAACCUGCUGUGAAGCCACCAGACUCUCAACAUAUCAAACGUCAUCAGCCACACGAAAUCAGGUGCGAGUCUUUUUCUAUCAAUUUCUCAGUCAGACGUGCUCCUUUUUGUAUAUUUCUUUCUCUGUAUUUUUUCAUAAGAGUUUUACUAUAGAUCAUCGUUGGUCUGUUUUAGAUGGUCAUCAUUAAAACAUGGUGAAUUCACUCUAUCCUGGUCAACGGCUGCAGAAAAUCAAUCAUUUAAUCAAUAUUUUUGUCAAGUAAAAUGCCUAAACAUCCUUAAAUCAAGACACAUUUGCUUGAGAAUUAUAUUAAGACUUUUUAGAGAACAUGUAUUUUUUUUACUUACACUACUGGCAAAUUAUUCUUAUUUUAAGCUAUUAUUAUUAUUAUUAUUAUUAUUAUUAUUAAAAAAAUUAUUUUAUUUAAAAAAAUCCAUAUUCUGUUCAAGGAAUAGGAAUCUUUUAUCCUCAAUUUUAUGGAUGUCUAUUAAUUAUUUCUUAUUUUAAGCCAUUAUUAUUAAUAAUAUUAUUAUUGCCAGUUAAGUAUUAAAAUACUUGAUUCAAGAUCUUAUUUUAAGGAUGCUUAGGUAAUAUUAAUGCUUUUACGUAAUUCUGUUUUCAAAAAUUUCUAACAUAGUUUUUCUUUUUAAGAUAAUGUUUUAUUUAUUGUCAUCUUUUAUCUAUGUAAUAUUAUGGAUGUCUAUGAAAACUUUAUAGUUUUUUAUAUUUUUUUAAUGUCUUUUUGUUGUUUUUAAGGCUAAUUUUGGAUGUGCUGGAUCUCAUAAUCAUGAUUAUCUGGUUCAGGACAGACAUUUAUAUAUAAAUAUGUAUAUAAUAAAUCUCUUUUCCGGUUCAGUCGAAGUUUAAAGUAACUUCAAAUGAAAAUUAAAAUUGGAUAUAACUUUACAGACAGACGAGGUUAAGUGAUUUUAUUCCGACACACAUCAGCACAUGUAAUGUUUUCAAGUCUUGUGGCAACACUUUCAAAACUGUAUUUUAAUGUUCAUGUUUGUGCAGCGCUCCAUAGACCUCCAUUAUAAGUGCAUUAAUGUAAAUGUGUGUUUUUGUUGCGAUGUGUGCUGAAAUUAUUUUCUCUGGCGGUCAGCAGCAUAGUGCAUCAUUUUUAUUGAACCUAAAACAAUUCUUUAACAUUCAGUUUGGAUUUUGCAGAAUAAAAUUGCCUUAUUUGGAAAGCGAAACAUCAAUUUGAUCAAAUCCGUCAUCAAAAUCAGUCUUUGUAGUAUAAUGUACAAUAUGUUUUAAACCGUAAUCACACGUAUUGUAUGUCUGAAGUAAUAAGAGUUUUAUUUUUCAGGCUGCAUGUGUGGAUUUUGUGGUCCUGAAGGUCUGUGAGAGUUUGUCGCUCUUCAGACGUCUGCUGUAAAGCUCUAGUGUUUGAGUAUACGAUGUACAAUCUACCCUCAAUAACGUGUGUGAGUGUGAGGCUGUUUGUGUAUGACUGUAGAUAUUUUUGGUUAUUUGUUUCAGGAAAGUCUUGCUGUACUUUAGCGUCAUUUCCAUGAGACUCAGUGCAUGUGUCGACACGAGAGACAUUGCUGAAUAUCUGUAACCGUCCGUGUCCAUCUCUAACACAAAUCAUUGAUGGCCUGUGUGUUUGUACAGAUCAUUAGCUGGUAAUGAUGUAAAGACAAAAGCUACAAAUAAAGUCUAUAUGGAAAAUA